AUGCAAACAGAUUUGGUCAAUGUUCUUGAGACUGAUCAGAACCUCAAGUCCGUGAUUUCGAAAAUGCUGACAGAAAGAGAAACACUCAAAGCGAUCAAAAAUGUUCCCGAAUAUUCUCUUCGAGUGCUGGUGCUCAUCCAUCGAUUGAUCCUUGAUUCUCGAGAAAUCCCCAAUCGACCACUUUUCUCAUUAGCAAUGCCAUCUGAUAAAUUCAAGAAAAUAAUCUCUCCAAGCUCUCUUCGUGUCUCAAUACAUCAACUCACUUCAAACAUUACUUUCAAGACGUUGCGGUGUAUGGAUGAUGCUUGUCUGAAAGUGAGGAGUCGAUUAGAUGACAUACCAAGGCUGUACAUUGAAGUGAUUGAGUUGCUUCCAAAGUCAAGUGACCAAGAUAUUACACAAUCAUCGGUAGCGAAAAUCGAAACCCUAAUCUCAAUGAUCAAGUCUGCUGCUUAUGACUGUUACUUGCAAAUGGGCUAUCCAAAAGGGGAUUUCAAUGAGAGAUUGGAGGAAUUGAAUGAACUAUGUCAAGCUGAAAUUGCACAACGGAUCGAAGAGGCUCAGGUUGAAGUGUCUACAUCUUUUCGCAUCAUUCAUGAAAUCAGAGAAAAAUGGGCUUAUUUGGAUGAUUUUAGUCGUCAUUUAAGAUGGAAAACAGAUGAGUUGGGGAAAACGAUGAAUAUCUUGGAAAAAUAUUCAAAAGAAGAUCUCUUGAAAGAGAAAAUCAUGCCCACAAUCCUUAAAUCGUUCAAUUUGUGCUUUGAAGUGAUGGAUUUGGUGGAAAUUUAUUCACACAUUUCCACAAAAUAUAUUGCAUUGCAUGUGAAAAGAAUGGAGAGGGUUUUGAGUGAAACGGACAGCAAUUUAAAUAUCAAUGAGAUUGAAGAUCACCGGAAUAUCAAAAAAAUCUCCCUCGAAAUCGAAUCGUUAAUCAACCAAAAACAAGAAGAAUUCAAGAUCAGAUUUCAAGAUCGCCUCAAACAAAUAAUGAAUAUUUUAAAU